AUGCAACUUGCUUUAGGACGAACAUCAGCAACUGAAUAUUUACCAUCAUUAUCAAAAAUAUCUCCUUAUCUUGUUGGAAAAGUUGAUUUAAUGUUAACUAAUAGAUCACCUCAAGAAGUUUUAGAAUAUUUUAAUCAAUUAGAAAUGGAAGAUUAUGCAAGAGCAGAAAAACAUGUUAAAGAAACUGUUAUUAUUGAUGAUGGACCAUUAGAUGGUUUUCAACAUACAAUGGAACCUUUAUUAAGAUCUUUAGGUUUAAUAACAACUUUAAAAAAAGGUAUUAUUCAUUUACUUAAACCAUUUACUAUUUGUUCAAAAGGUGAUGUUUUAACACUUGAACAAGCUAAAUUAUUAAAAUUAUUUCAACGUCCUUUAGCACAUUUUAAAAUAAAAGUUAAAGCUCAUUGGAAUAAACAAAAUGAACAAGUUCAAGUUUUUGAUUUACAUGAUGAAGAUGAAGAUGAUGAUAAACAACAAGAUGAUGAAAAUUAA